AUGCUGGUCGAUACUAAAGAAAAUAGCUCAUUGAGAAAUGACAGUGUGUCGACGUCGAUCAGUUCAAUAAAAGAUACAUCUCUCUUAAGAAACUUCAAAAAUUCGUUUAAAAGAGUCGAUCAAGAUCAGAACAAGUUUGAUGACGAGAAAUAUAACAGUGUUGAUGAGGGUCAAAAAAGAUUGGUAGAUCAGCCUCUGCGGAAGACGCUUCAGCAGAGACAUUUGACUAUGAUUGCAAUUGGAGGUACCCUAGGAACUGGCCUUUUCAUCGGUUUAGGUGAAUCGCUGGCAUCAGGUCCCGGCAGUCUAUUAAUCGGUUAUAUUAUCGUGGGUAUAGCCGUCUUUUGUGUGGUACAAAGUGCGGCAGAACUGUCGUGCCAAUAUCCUGUGUCGGGUUCAUAUGCUACGCUUGUUACCAGGUUUAUGAAUGAAUCCUUCGGUUUUACAGUGGCAACAAACUACUGUCUAGCUUGGUUAGUAUGUUUUCCUAGUGAAUUGGUUGGUUCUGCAAUGGUUAUUCGUUAUUGGAAUGAUUCUGUCAACUCAUGCGUAUGGAUUGCUAUAUUUUGGGUAUUCGUCAUGUGUUUAAACCUUUUUGGUGUGGAAGGCUACGCUGAAACGGAAUUCUGGCUUUCAAUCAUCAAAAUAAUAGCUAUUAUAAUUUUCAUCAUCAUAGGUAUAGUGUUAAUAUGUGGAGGUGGCCCUAAUUCCACUGGCUACAUUGGUACUAAAUACUGGCAUGAUCCAGGAUCAUUUGCUCAUCCAGUAUUCAAAAGUCUCUGUAACACAUUUGUGUCAGCUGCUUACUCAUUCGGUGGGUGUGAAAUUGUUGUUUUAACAUCAGCUGAAUCAAGAAAGAUAUCUUCUAUUGCUCGUGCAGCUAAGGGAACGUUUUGGAGAAUAACGAUAUUUUAUUUAGUGACAAUCGUUAUCAUCGGUUGCUUGGUUCCAUAUACAGAUAACAAGCUUAUAAGUGCUACCAGCAGCGAAGACGUUACAGCUUCCCCUUUCGUCAUUGCCUUGAGUAAUUGUGGCGCAAUGGGUACAAGAGUGUCGCAUUUCAUGAAUACAGUUAUUCUCGUUUCUACAAUAUCGGUAUCGAACUCCUGUGUGUAUGCAUCUUCAAGAAUAAUACAGGCUUUAGGCGCUAUGAAUCAAUUGCCUAGUAUCUGUGGCUACAUUGACAGAAGGGGACGUCCUUUAGUUGGUAUCGCUAUCUGUGGUUUAUUCGGUCUAUUGGGAUUUCUAGUGGCAGCGGAAAACGAAGCUGCUAUUUUUACAUGGCUAUAUUCGUUAACCUCUGUUGCUUAUUUCGUCACAUGGUUUUCGAUUUGUUGGUGCCAAGUGAGAUUCAGAAUGGCUCUUAAGAGACAAGGCAGGAGUAACGAUGAAAUUGCAUACAAAUCGAUGCUGGGAAUCUAUGGAGGAUACGUUGGGGCUAUAUUAAACAUAGUAUUAAUUAUUGGGGAAGUCUAUAUAUCCAUAUUCCCUUUGAACGAAUCCCCAAGUGCAAAUAUAUUUUUCCAAAAUUGUCUAAGUAUUCCUAUCAUGCUAGUUUCUUUUUUUGGACACAAGAUCUACUGUAAAGGAUGGAAAGACUGGUUUGUUAGAGCUAAGGAUAUUGACCUUGACACAGGUAAUUCUAUAACAGAUUUCGAAAUUUUCAAAGCUGAAAUCGAAGAAGAAAAGGAAAGGAUAGCAUCGAGCCCAUUAUAUUAUCGGAUAUAUAGAUUUUGGUGCUAA